AUGACCACACGACGGAACCACAUUACGCCCCUAGGUCUUCGCCCUCCUGAGAUCAUGUUAGGUGGAUCUUUGGACGAAACAGUGGAUAUCUGGACCUUUGGAUGCAUUAUGACAUAUUUCACGGAGCAAAAUUUCACCCCCGCCCUGUUGGAGAUAUAUCCUCAUUCCGCGAGGUACUUUGACGAGCAAGAUUCCUUCAAGCUGGUCGAUUUUUCAUCCCUGCCUCGUGAUCGGUGGCCAUUACUUGGGAUUUUGGCGACUGGAAGAGCACCACUCGAAAGUUCUGAUACAGAUGGAGCCGUAAGACUUAUGAUGCGAUGUUUGAAGUUGUAUCCGACUGAGAGGCCUUGGGCGAGGGAGCUUUUAUCGGACCCUUGGCUUACGGAGGAUGACUAG